CCUGGGCUCAUGUAUCUGUGGAGCAAUCCCAACGGCCUUCCCAUAGAGCCUAUAAGAGGACAGGUCAGAAAGAGGGGGCACAGAGGCCCGGAGGCUCUCCCUAACGCCCCAUGACCUCCCGCACCAUGUCUUCCUUACUGCUCAGGACCCUCCUCCCACUGCUGGCCUCCAUCCAGGGCUGUUUGGUCCUUAGCUCCAAGAUCGUGGGUGGCAGACCUGCCAUCCCCCACUCUCGGCCCUAUGUAAUCUCCCUACAGUUUCUAGGGAGCCACGUCUGUGGGGGAACCUUGAUCCACCCUCAGUUUGUGAUGACAGCAGCCCACUGUGUCAACAAAAUGAACCUCCCACUGAUGACGGCAGUCGCAGGAGUCCAUAAUCUGAAAGACCCUGAGCCCUCCUGGCAGAUGUUCAGCUUCCAGCGUGUCUAUUUAAAUAACUAUGAUGAAAAUAAUAAACUCAAUGACAUUGCCCUCAUUGAGCUGGACCGUCCGGCCACUCUGAAUGCCAAUGUCCAGGUGGUUCCACUCCCAAGACAGGGCCAGCCACUGGCGAUGGGGACCCAGUGCCUGGCCAUGGGCUGGGGGCGAUUGGGAACAGAGUUGCCCAUCCCCAACAUCCUGCAGGAGCUGAACGUCACCGUAGUGACCUUUGCAUGCCGGGAGCAUAACAUCUGUACGCUGGCACCCCGUCAGCGAGCAGGCAUCUGUUUUGGAGAUUCUGGGGGCCCCCUCAUCUGCCAGGGAGUGGUCCAUGCCGUGGACUCCUUCAUCAAAGGUGCGUGCGCCUCUCAGCGAUUUCCAGACUUCUUUGCUCGAGUAUCCCUGUAUGUGGACUGGAUCAAAUCUAUCCUGAGAAGUGUGGAGGAGGAGGAGGAGGAGGAGGAGAAGAAGGAAGAAUAUCAAGCUUCAGGCAGCCCCAUGGGCAAACCCUUCCCCUGGGAGCCUCCCCACCAUCAGCUCCGGUGAUGAGAGACUCCAGAGGGGAGGAUGUAGAGAGACUUCAACUUCCACAAGGCAGGGCGUGGUCGCUAGAGAGCUGAGCUUGGAGUAGGAAAGACAGGGUUCAAAUCUCACCUCUGAUACUUCCUAGCUCUGUGACCCCCGGCAAGCCCCACCACUCUGAGCUUCA